GUCCUCUCACGGACGGACACUAACACUGAAUUAGCCGCCUGCCGCUUCUAACUCCCGCUGUUCUAAUCCCUUCAGAGGCGGGUCGUCGUUCAGUAGCAUGCAAAAUAUGUUAACCAUUAUCUCUAACGCACUCUGUCGGAUCACUGGCAGGAAUGUGGGAGCCCAAACAGUGUCUGAGUUGCUGGUUGACCUGUCAGAGUACGUCAGUCUAACCUCACCGGCGGCGCCCGCCUUGGCACAGACUGAGCGGCAACCACCUAAACCACCUCCAGUCAGUACUAGAGCGCCCGCUGCUGAGUUAGUUAGCAGCCAGACCGACCAGCUAGACAGACCAGGCUCCAGAGUCGUGGUCUCCCGCUCCUUCGCUGACUUCACCCCUCAGGCAACCUUUGACAUUAAGAAAUGCGACGUGCACCGCCUGGAGGAGGCUCCUCCGGUGAAGGCGACGCUGACCCGGGAGCAGGGCCUGCAGUAUUACCGCGUCAUGCAGACCGUGAGGCGCAUGGAGCUCAAAGCUGAUCAGCUCUACAAACAGAAGAUCAUCAGAGGCUUCUGUCACCUGUAUGACGGACAGGAAGCAUGUGCAGCAGGCAUCGAAGCCGGCAUCAACCCCUCUGAUCACCUGAUCACUGCCUACCGUGCCCACGGAUACACCUACACCCGCGGCGUGGCCGUCAAGGAGAUCCUGGCUGAGCUCACAGGUCGUAGAGGAGGCGUGGUCAAAGGCAAAGGCGGUUCAAUGCACAUGUACGCUCCACAUUUCUAUGGGGGCAACGGCAUUGUGGGCGCUCAGGUUCCACUGGGAGCUGGCAUCGCUCUGGCCUGCCAGUACCAAGGCAACAACCAGGUGUGUGUCACACUCUACGGAGACGGGGCAGCCAAUCAGGGCCAGCUGUUCGAGGCGUUCAACAUGGCCGCCCUGUGGAAGCUGCCGUGCAUCUUCAUCUGCGAGAACAACAAGUACGGGAUGGGGACGUCGGUGGAGCGAGCGUCAGCCAGCACCGACUACUACAAGAGAGGAGACUUCAUACCAGGACUCAGAGUGGACGGGAUGGACGUCCUGUGUGUCAGAGAGGCCACUCAGUUUGCUGCCGACCACUGCAGAUCUGGGAAGGGUCCCAUUGUGAUGGAGCUACAGACGUACCGUUACCAUGGACACAGCAUGAGUGACCCAGGCGUCAGUUAUCGUACUCGUGAGGAGAUCCAGGAAGUGCGCAGUAAGAGUGACCCCAUCUCUCUGCUGAAGGACCGCAUGCUCAGCAACAACAUGGCAGCUGUAGAGGAGUUCAAGGAAAUCGAUGUUGCGAUCCGUAAGGAGGUGGAGGAGGCCGCUCAGUUUGCCACGUCCGAUCCAGAGCCGCCGCUGGAGGAGCUCUGCAACCACAUCUUCCACAACAACCCGCCGCUGGAGGUCCGCGGGACGCACCCCUGGGCCUCGCUGAAGUCCGUCAGCUAAACUCACACACUCCAAAUACACAUCAACACAGCGAGCAUCCACAGUAGACUCCUGCAACUGCACGCAGCAGCAGCUUCCUCCUCGACUUUAGAUCGACGCAUUCCGCACCUUAACGGGACCUGGACCUGAACCCUGUCAGUGUUAUUUAUUUAGAGUUUUAUAUAGAAAUAUAUAUUGAAGAGUUGUUCUGUCUGCAUUUGUUCUGCCGCACAUCUGACCAGUCUGUUGGUGUUGCACUGUCAUCGAGCCGCUUUACAGGACGGCUGCACCCUAUACGCACAAACACAAGCUUCCUGUUUUACCCUUUAUUUUUUAAAUUUCCUCUAAUAUGGCAUGUUUGACGUCACAUUUAUUAAUGUUUUACAGCUUUUUUUAAAUGGUUUAAUAGAACUCAGAGGGAUUUCUCUUCAAGAAACCAGUGGAGGCUUUGAAAAACAAUCAAGAAUAAUGUGAUGUCUCAGGCAGAAACGUUUAGACGAGGUCAAGUUUUAAAAGUUUUCUUCACGUUACGUUUACUCUCCGACUUCCUUCCUCGCUCUCUGACUCUCUCCUGGAUGUUUUAUAGCGACAGACGACCACAUGAAACACACAGUUACUUUGAGUAAAAUCUCUGUUUUGGACAUUUUUUGGAAAGCUCAAGUUGUUUUUAGACAUUUUAACGCAGAAAUGUUGUGCAUUAUAUCUUUAAAGCAAUCAGUCACUUUUUGAGUCUUUGGACUUUUCAGAACUUUUUGGUUAGUCGAAUUGGUUGAAAGUACAUGUACUGUACUUGAGUAAUGUUACUUUAUGCUUCACUACAUUUCAGAAGGAAUAUUAUGAUAUUAUACUUUGUACUGCACUUUGUUUAUUUGAUGGAUUUCGUCACUAGUUUAACAGAAUGAGUUUUAUUUAUUCAAAAUUAUUCCCACAAACAAAAUAUGAAUUUUGUUAUGGAUUUAGCCAAUCAGCUGCAGCAUUAAAGACAAGAAUACAUCAAUGCUCAUUAAUUACAAAUGUUUAAAUAUAUUGGAAAUUUAUUGACACUUUUGGCUCUUUUUAAUUCUCAAACUUUGUACUUUUACUUGUUCUGAGUAGCUCCUCCACCACUGGUUUGACAGUACAGACUGUACGUCUGUAAAUCUGUCAUCAGUUGUGUGACUUUGCCCUACAAGGAUUAAAUCAUUGAGUAUUAAAUGAACAGUUCACCCGAUAUUGAAAUCCCAGUCCUCCUCUCCUGAGGAUAUAAAGUCCUCCUGUCCUCCUCCUGAUGAUAUAAAGUCAGGUGAAGUGUUUUAGUCCACAGAACAGUUCUGCAGCUUCACAGUAAAAUAGAUCGUGCUGGAUCAUCCAAGUUCCCAGAAGCUCAGAGAUCCCAAAUUGAAUUGAAAAGAUGUUGUUUACACCCUUUGAGACAAAAUCCUCACUGUAGCUGCUAAGAUAAAAGCGUUGGUCCACACCUCGUCCCUCGAGGAGCGACUUGGGUUACGUUGGACGAGCUGUACGGAGCCAUUUUAUGUUUCUUUAGUGGUUUUAACUGUUUAAAUCAAGUCUCAGCUGCUUCAGUUGUUCAGCAGUUUUACUGUGACGCUCCAGAACUGUUCUGAGGACGACGACACUUCCCCUCAUCAGCGUGGAGGACUGAUCGUUUCCCACUACAUUAUCUUUCUGGACACAUUUUUAUUUUGUGGUUUGGGGAAUUAUGUGACUUUGACGUGUAGAUGCAAAUUGAACUUGUGGGGAAAUCUGAGGUGAAACGCAGCAGCAGCACUGAGUCAGUUUCCUGUUUCACUUACUUACCUCUCUUGUCCUGCACACUCGAGUUUACUGUCCCUGAACCGCCUGACCGUGUACAGAUAUGAAGCUUUACUGGACUGUUUAUUUAUGCGUGUGUGUCGAACUGAAAGACAGUUUGGCUGAUGAAUAAAUGCAUAAAGAAAGUGGCAAUAGGAA